AUGGCCAAAGUGCAUUUCACUCCGCCACCGGCGUUGGCACAACCAGUGCCUACCCCCAAUCCCGAAGCGAUUCCCAACGAGAAAUGGGUCGCAGGUGAAGACCCGAUUCUUGAAGUGUUGAAUUGUGUUUACCCUACUUUGGAUUCCGAAGAUAAGAGGAAGGACGUGAUCGAAUACAUGCAGAAGCUCUUCAGAACUUCACUCGGAGUUGAGUUUCAUCCAUCAUCGGUCUUCACCUAUGGUUCAGUGCCACUCAAGACAUAUCUCCCUGAUGGAGAUAUUGAUUUUACAGCCAUUGGUGCUCCUGAUAGGGGAUAUACUUUGCCUCGGGAUGUUCUUCAUCUUCUUCAGGCUGAAGAACACUAUGGAAACAAUGAAUUCGAAGUAAAAGAUGUCACAUACAUUGAUGCAGAGGUUAAACUUGUGAAAUGCAUUGUUUCAGGCAUUGUUAUAGACAUAUCGUUUAAUCAAUUGGGUGGACUUUCUACACUUUGUUUUCUUGAGCAGGUCGAUCGCCAAAUUGGCAAAGAUCAUCUUUUCAAACGAAGUAUCAUUCUAAUAAAAACAUGGUGUUAUUAUGAAAGUCGUGUACUCGGUGCUACUUAUGGUUUACUAUCGACAUAUGCAUUGGCAGUUUUGGUUCUCUACAUAUUUCAUGCCUUUGGUGCAUCUAUAGUCAACCCGUUAAUGGCUCUUUUCAGGUUCUUGGACUAUUAUGGCAAAUUUGACUGGGAUAACUAUUGUAUCAGUUUGAAUGGUGUGGUUAAGAAAUCUUCACUUCUAGACAUAGUUGUUGAGUACCCUUUAAAUGAAAGGACUGGUGCUUUCCUCAGCGAUGCUUUCUUGAAUACUUGUAUGGAAACGUUCAUGUUGUGUUCUAAUGAAUCCACAUCAAAUGUGCCACAUUUCAUGUGGAAGCAUCUUAAUAUAAUUGAUCCAUUAAAGGAAACCAACAAUCUUGGCCGCAGUGUUCAACAAGCAAAUUCUUACCGCAUCUUGAGUGCGUUAAGAUAUGGUGCGAGCACACUCCGUGAGAUUCUUGAACUACCGAAUGAGAAUAUUAGAGAUGGAAUCAAGAAUUUUUUUGCAAACACCUUGCAAAGGCACAAACCAAAGUGUAUUCCGGAUGUUCCACUAAAGUUUGAUACUUUAUCAUUGUCAUCCUAUAGCGAAACCGAAUACAUUGAUGACGUGGACUCAAAGUUAUCAUAUGAUGAUCUUGAUGAUGUGUCCUAUGUGGGGUCUGGUGAAGCAAGCGAUCUUGAUGUAUUUCAAGAUCUUAGUCCGAGAACUACUGACAAAAUGGUGAACAGUGGCGGUGGUCAUGAUGACGUGGCAGAUGGUUUAAGAAAUCCGGAUGUGAAUGGCAGAUUUGGUGAAACAGAAAGUUUGAAUCCAUUUGCGAAUCUCACCGGAGACUAUGAAAGUAGUAUACGGAAUCUGCUAUAUGGUCAAUUUCAGCAUGAUAAUGGUUUAAAUGGUUCUCUACUUAUGAAUAACCAUCUUGUUCAGCAGCAAUAUGAGGUGGCGGUUGCUCCUGCUCGAUAUUUUUGGUCUUCAUGGUUCCGUCGGAGUUCACCGCCAUCUCCCCAGGUGAACUCAAAUGGUGUGGUGUAUCAAAAUGGUCAAACCUCCAGACAAACCGGUCAACAGUUCCAGUUGGAAGAAAGAAGCACGGUUCGUGGAACCGGUUCAUACAUCCCUGCCACGAAUAUCUCCAGAGGAGGACCAGGACCGCGAAGGGGUUGCAGACCAGCAGCACGUAACCGUCAGCAAGAGCAGACUCGUGGGAAACUCAAGCAGGUCAUGUACUCACAAAGGAAACUUGAGUUUGGAACUUUUGGUGCUAAAGCUACUAAUCCAGAAGCAAGUACUUCUGGCUCACAGGCUCCCCCUCCUAAAUAUGUUUCAUGUGGUCAGAGUCAGGGAAGUGGUCAAGCCGAGAACCUGUUCCUCAAGAAUGAAGAGGAGUUUCCCCCUCUAGCAGCUUGA